CAUAGAUAAGUAUAUAAUAUAAUGUCAAUGGACUAUUGGUAUGGGCAUUGUAAAUUUGUUUUUGUUAUUUAGUUUUAUUUUAACGUACACCCGUUACCCAUUCAAGUAGUUCGUACCUAUAUACAUUUUUCUAUUGUAUCCUAUAUAGGUAUAUAGUUUAAGACUUUUUAGUACCUACUUAUAUUAAACGGUCGCUGAAUCAAUAUAUAAUUAAAAUUUUAUUUUAUUUUAAAACAAUGGCUAAUUCGAAUACAUUUUGUUUAUUAGUUCUUAUAGCUUUUAUUUCUGUAAUAAGAUCUGCUGUAAGUAUAUCAUGUUACCAAUGCAACAGUACCGACAUUGAAAAUCAAUUUCGUUGUACAGAGUUCAUGGAUACAUACGGCCUAGAACCCAAACCCUGUACAAGUGUUUACAAUGCCGCUUAUUGUGUGAAACUGGUAGGCCGCUACGAAGGAGGACUUGGAGUUACACGUUACUGUUCAUCUCAUAAUUUAGGAAAUUACUGCAACUAUGUUCGCCGGCCAGGUGAUGUAUUAGAAUAUCGAACAUGUGUUUAUACUUGUGAUUCUGAUGGCUGUAAUAGUUCCAGCCAAGUAAAGUUAUUUGCAUAUUUGAUAUGUUUAUCUUUUUUGCCAUGGUUCAGAAAUCUAUUAUCUUAGACAUUAACAUUGCCAUAAUAAUCAGAUAUAGUAGGUUUCAAAUAGUACUUACAUUUUAACUGUUAUAAUUACUAUUCAUUAUUUUAUAUAUAUUUUUUAUAAAACGAUCAUGGGUACUAUAAUGAAUUCCACAAUUUAAAUAUACUACCUAUUGAUGUUCACAUAUUUUUUUGACCUUGAAAGUAAGGACGUUUAGUUUUGAAAAACCAACAUUGCUUAUGUUUGCUAUGAUCUGAUCAAAUAUAUAUUUGAUAUUAUUUUUAUUUUUUAGAAUUAACGCCAAUCGGCUUUUUACAGUAUUAUAAUUAUAAGUCACUUCCACUUAGCAAAAAGUAACCAUAUCAUGAACAAUACAUUUUUGAA